AUGUCCAUGAUAACUCUGGUCGCAACUUGUCUCUGGUUCUUGAUGGUGUCUAACUUCACGGGUGCAAAUCAGAAAAACAUAGAUUGCUUGAUCGCCAUAAAAUCACAAGUUGAAGAUCCAAAUAAUUAUUUAUCGAGUUGGGCAUUUAUCAACCAGACCGAAGGGUCUAUCUGCAAGUUCUGUGGUGUCACUUGCUGGCAUGAUGAUGAGAAUAGGGUUUUGAGCAUUAAGCUCUCUGGUUUUGGUCUCAGAGGAAAGUUUCCUCAUGGGAUUAGGGAAUGUACAGAUCUGACAGGUCUAGAUCUUUCUAGAAACAACUUCUCUGGACCUUUACCAUCAAACAUACUCUACUUGAUUCCAAUUAUUACAACUCUGGACCUCUCCUACAAUCAAUUCUCCGGUAAAAUCCCUCCCUCUUUAUCAAACAUAACCUUUUUGAACACACUUAUGCUUCAGCAUAACCAGUUCACGGGUCCGCUUCCUCCCCAGCUUGUUCAACUCAGACGGCUCAACAAGUUCUCAGUAGCAGACAAUCGUCUCACAGGUCCUGUUCCAAAUUUCAAUGUCUUGUAUUUUGGAGUGGAGACUUAUGCUAAUAACCCGGAUUUGUGUGGUCCGCCUCUGGACGAUUGCCCUGACCCGGAAGAAGGAAUGAUGCGGUCAGCGAAGAUCGGUGCUGCGGUUGGGGCGUCUAUAUUUGCACCAGUAGCUGCGUUCUUAGACUGGUUCUUCUUCAAGGAUAAGAAGAAGGAGAAACGCCGGAGAUAA